AUGCUCGCUGUCAUUGUUCUCCCGCUCGCGCUUUGCGGGCUGUUGUACAUGGUCAUGACCAUGGGGAGAAGGGCUAAGCAUCUUCCACCUGGCCCUCCAACAUUGCCAAUACUUGGUAACCUUCAUCAAAUCCCCCAGAAGGGCUCGUACUUGACAUUCACCAAAUGGGCCAAGCAAUAUGGCGGUCUCUACUCGCUGAAGUUAGGCACCGGAACAGCCGUCGUUGUCACGGAUCGACGUAUCGUCAAAGAACUCAUAGACAAGAAGAGCAGCAAAUACAGCAACCGACCCCCCUCAUACGUUUCCCACGACCUGAUAACAUCGGGCGACCACCUAUUGGUCAUGCAGUAUGGCCAACAGUGGCGGACCUUUCGGAAGCUGGUCCAUCAGUAUUUCAUGGAAUCCAUGGUGGAGAAACGUCACGUUGAGGUCCAGAACGCCGAAGCGACACAGAUGCUGCGUGACAUGUGUGUGCGUCCAGACCAGCACAUGCGACAUCCGAAGAGAUACAGUAAUAGCAUCAUCAUGAGCUUAGUCUUCGGUUUUCGGACGCCAUCUGUGGACACCCCCCACAUGACUCAACUAUACGACUUAAUGGAGAACUGGUCUAAGGUGAUGGAGCCUGGCAACACUCCCCCGGUUGAUAUUUACCCAUUCCUGCACUGGGUCCCUCAGAGCUUAUUUGGCAACUGGGUAUCCAGAUCAAAUGAUGUGGGCGCCGAAAUGAACAAAUUGUACGGGUCUGCUCUCGACCGCGUUCGAGAGCGUAGACGAUCCAAGGGAAGCAAAGAUUCCUUGAUGGACUCUCUACUUGAGCAGGAAGACAAGCUAGGUCUUACCAACCAUCAGCUCUACUUCCUUGGCGGUGUUUUGAUGGAAGGUGGAUCGGAUACCUCGAGUUCCAUCAUCCUUGCGUUUAUUCAAGCUAUGACUAAAUGGGGUCAUGUGCUUGUCAAAGCCCAAGGGGAGAUUGAUAGCGUUGUAGGCGAAGACCGGACCCCAGUGUGGGCAGACUACACCAAGUUGCCGUACGUGGCGACGAUUGUCAAAGAGGCUCAGAGGUGGAGGCCAGCCGUGCCGCUUGCAUUCCCACACGCUGCUGCUGAAGAUGAUUGGAUUGACGGCCAGUUUAUCCCCAAGGGAACUGUUGUCAUCCUGAACGCCUGGGGAAUGCAUCAUGACCAGAAGCGAUUCCCAGACCCCGACACCUUUGACCCUGACCACUACAAAGGCCAGACCACCCUUGCCCCAGAGCUCGCAGCUUCGGCAGACUAUGGAAGUCGCGACCAUUAUGGUUAUGGCUCGGGUCGGAGGAUUUGUCCUGGCAUUCACUUGGCCGAGCGAAACUUGUUUUUGGCUAUUGCCAAGAUAAUCUGGGCGUUCUCUAUUAAGCCAGCAGUAGAUGAGCAGGGCAAGGAGGUCGAGCUUGACAUCAACCCUCAGACUGGGUACGGGGAAGGCUUUCUCCUCUGUGUAAAGGACUUCCCUUGCAAGAUCACGCCAAGAUCUGAAGCUCGACGGGAGACGAUUAUGAGGGAAUUCAACGAAGCCCAAAAGGUUUUCUCGAAAUUUGAUGCCUAG